ACUAUGACAACAGGAUAUGUGAAUGGCAAAAGUCUUGGAAAACACCGCUAUGCCAGGUGGUAUCAUGAGGACAGCAGAGAGAACGAUGGGCACCUGGAGGGCUAUGGAGAUGAAGAGGGCAGGCAGCACAGGCUGACCCCAUUUGAAAAACUAAUGCAGGCUAUGUCCCAGAAUGACAAAGUGGUGAAAGAAUUAACCCUGGGAAAGAGAAUUGACUUCUGUCGCAUCAGAGUAGAAAUAGGAAGUGGGAAUUUCUCACAAGUGAAGCUUGGAAUUAAAAAUGCUUCUCAUGAGAAAGUCACAAUUAGGAUUUUGGACAAGACAAAGCUAGAUCAGAAGAUUCAACCUUUGCUAUCUCGUGAAAUAUCCAGCAUGGAAAAACUGCACCACUCAAAUAUCAUCAGACUGUAUGAAGUGGUGGAGACACUCUCAAAACUGCACCUGGUGAUGGAGUAUGCAGGAGGUGGGGAGCUCUUCACUAAAAUCAGUACAGAAGGGAAGCUACUAGAAACAGAGUGUAAAAUAAUCUUCUCCCAGAUUGUAUCUGCUGUGAAGCACAUGCAUGAGAAUAUCAUCAUUCACCAGGACUUGAAAGCAGAAAAUGUAUUCUACACCAGUAACACCUGUGUUGGGGGGAGGGGAACACGACACUUUGGAUUCAGCAAAGCUAACCGCUCACCCGAAAGCGCAGUGCCCGCAAACUCCUCACUACAACGUCCGGAUAAAACCGAGCGCCGCUGCUGACCGGAACUUUUUCCUAAUCCAUCCCGUUGCGAAGCCCCUCAGCUCAAACGAUCGCGCUACGGGCUGCAGCGCCCGGCCAGGAGCCUGCCACCCCACUCCCCCCGCCGAACCAGCCCCGCGACGCUACUAAGGGCACCGAGGGCGCCCCUACGCCUCAAGGUUACCCGUGACCCAGCCGGGGAGACUGGGAG